AUGGAUCCCGCAAAGCUGACUGGUCAGGCUCUCCUUAGCCACACCAUCAAGACGACACCCAUCAUCGACAACCAUGCUCAUCCCCUUUUGGAUCUGGAGGCCAUUGGCCGGUAUCCCCUUUUGUCCAUCACUACCGAAGCUCAUGGAGACGCCAUCCAUGCUUCAUUGACCAGUCUGGCUCACUUGCGCGCCGUCAAACAGCUGGCGAAGGUGCUCCGGUGUGAGCCCAGCUGGGAGGCUGUGGUCAACGCAAUUGAAGCUAAGCGAAUCGAGGACUACGAUGCAUGGGUUGAGGAAUGUCUCAGCGGGAUUGAAGCUGUUCUUGUGGAUGACGGUUUGGAUGGAGAGGCCGAAGUCUACCCUUACUCAUACUUCAGUAGUCUCACCCGCAGUCCAGCUAAGAGAAUCGUACGUAUCGAAAAGAUUGCGGCCGAUAUCUUCAACGAGCACCUUCCGACUGAUGCGUCUACCGUACGAACCGCUGAAGAUGCCGAUGCUGUCUUUGACAAAGCAUUGAAAGCAUUCGACAGCAGCAUCAACGAGGCCAUUGCUGAUCCUGAGGUUGUUGGCUUCAAGUCCGUCAUCUGCUACCGCACAGGUCUCGCCAUACCAAGGCGGCCCGAUGCUGUCUUUGCACGCAAGGCCUUUGAGGGUAUCUAUUCAACUCACACUCAAGGGACUGACAAUGCAUUCACCCGAAUCAAUCAUCCCGGUCUCAACGAGUAUCUGGUUCACCGGCUCGCAUGCCUCAUCCGGAAUGCCGAAGGCCUCAACAAAAAGCCGAUCCAGUUCCACACGGGCCUCGGCGACAACGACAUCAAUCUGACGUCGGCAUCUCCUGCUCAUCUUCAGGAGUUCAUCCGACAAUAUCCUACCGUUCCAAUCGUUCUGCUUCACGCAAGCUACCCUUACAUGAGAGAAGCAGGGUAUCUAGCCUGUGUCUACGCAAACGUGUAUGCCGACAUUGGAGAGAUUUUUCCGUUCCUCAGUCGAGACGGCCAGGAAACUGCCGUCCGCCAAAUCCUUGAACUAUGCCCAUGGUCGAAGGUUCUCUGGAGCACAGAUGGUCAUUGGUUCCCCGAGACCUAUCUUCUUGCAGUGCUACAAGUUAGAGAAGUCCUCGAAAAAGUGCUUUGUGAGUAUGCUCGAAAAGGUCAUAUGACCUGGCGAGAAGCUACUCAGCUCGUCAAGGACAUUCUCUUCAACAACUCGAACCGCGUUUACCGGCUGCAACUCUCUUUCAGCCCAGAGGAAGACUCUAUGAACCCUAGAAGACUGUCCGGCCGCAGCGAUCUCGACAUCCUCGAAGCUUUCUUGGAUGGGAAGAAGUCCCCGCAGUACUUGCGCAUCUACUGGAACGACAUGACAGCUACACAAAGAGUACGCGCCGUGCCCAUGAGAAAGGUCCUGUCUGUCAUGAACGAGGACGGAGACUUCUCGCUCAGCAUCACGAAGGCCAGUCUAGGCUUAUUGCAGAACGACCAUGUCGUUCCUGGAGCAUCCGGGACUGGAGAGUACCGCCUUCACCCAGACUUCACUUCCCUGCAAGAAGGCCCGCGGGACGGUCAUAUCAGUGUGUUCGGCGACUUCCGGGAGCAAGACGGUUCCCACGUGUCCCUCUGCCCGCGAUCUCUUCUUCAGCGUGUGGUAGAAAAUGCCGCCCGCCGAGGAUUGAGCUUCAGCAUCGGGUUCGAGAUCGAACUCCUUCUCCUUGAACGAGUCGACGGCAGUCCCGAGAAGUACCGCACACUCAGCAACGACGGACAUGCAUGGUCUACUUCCCGCAUGAUGGAUCACCCCGUCUUCAUCAACGUCAUCGAAAGGGCGGUCGCCGAGUUAGACUCGCGUGGUAUUCACAUUGAGCAGAUCCAUCCCGAAAGCGCCGCUGGCCAGUUUGAGGUUGUUCUCCCCCAGGCACCACCGCUAGAGGCCGUCGACACACUGCUAUACGUUCGAGAAGUGAUCUCUAGCAUCGCGCAAUCACAGGGCUAUCGAAUGUCCCUUCACCCCAAGCCCUUCCCGACAUCAUGCGGAACUGCCGCGCACAUGCACAUGUCCAUCAGCUCGCCCAACGGUUCCAAGCCGGAGACGUACUCGCCAUUCUAUGCUGGUAUCCUGAAGCACCUCCGCGCUAUUGCCGCGCUCACAUACAGCAACCCCGUCAGCUACGAGCGCGUGCAAGACGGGGCCUGGGCCGGCGGACGAUGGGUCACUUGGGGUACACAGAACAGGGAGACACCGCUUCGCAAGAUAGAAGACAGCCACUGGGAGAUCAAGUGUAUGGACGGACUUGCAAACCCCUAUCUUGCCCUCGCGGGUAUACUAGGCGCUGGCGCAUAUGGUGUGAUGAAGAGUGAGAAGCUGGUAUGGGGAGAUUGCGAGGUUGAUCCUGCAUCCCUGACGAAGAAUGACCGCAAGGAACUGGGCGUAGAGAAGAUGCUACCGGCUGAUCUACCCGAGGCUCUCAAGGAUUUACGCGGGGACGAGGUCAUGAACGAACUCCUGGGAGAAGAACUUAUUGAGAGAUAUGCAACUGUGAAGGAAGAGGAGAUGAAAGUUCUCGAAAAACUGAACAAGGAUGAGAAGCGGCAGUGGAUCCUGGAAAGAUACUAA